AAAAUCGACUCUCACUAACACUGAAUGAAUAGGAUUGUGAAACCCUUAAAGUUCCCAGCAAGUACUUCAUAUUCGGUUAUUUCAAGAGCAGUCAGUGUAAAUAUGAAACGCACAAUCAACAACUCGAUUGUGUUGAACGAAACCGAAGUCAAUAUUAAGAACCUUCUACUCGAAUUCUGCAACCAGUACAACUCGACCAUCCAAGAUAGAACCCGUCAUUUAGUAUUAAGAAUCACCGGUGGUUGGGUCAGAGACAAGUUGCUCGGCGACGAGAGUCACGAUCUUGAUGUAGCCAUCAACCACAUGUCAGGAGAAGAGUUUGCAAGUAAGUUACUGCUAUACCUCACUAAGCAUCACCCAGAUUUACCACUCAGCUCCGUUUAUAAAAUCAAAAGCAACCCUGAAAAGUCCAAGCACUUGGAAACCUGUACCACCAAGAUCUAUGACUUGGAUAUCGACUUUGUGAACUUGCGAUCGGAGAAGUACACAAGUGAAAGCCGAAUUCCUGUCAUUGAGUAUGGAACUGCACAAGAAGAUGCGUUGAGAAGAGAUGCCACUUUAAAUGCAUUGUUCUACAACUUGAAUGAGAGCAAGAUCGAAGACUUUACCAAUCGUGGACUCCAGGAUUUACAGGAUGGCAUUCUUCGGACUCCGUUGAAGCCUUUACAAACAUUUCUCGAUGACCCAUUGAGAGUGUUGCGUUUGGUGAGGUUUGCCAGCAGAUACAACUUUACCGUGGAAACCGAAACGUUGACGGCAAUGAAAGAUCCCGAAAUCAACGCCAGCUUAUUGCAUAAAAUCAGCCGUGAAAGAGUGGGUGUAGAGCUUGAUAAAAUAUUGACAUCAGCCAAUCCUGAGUACGGCUUGAGACUUCUCAACUACGUGAAUAUCACUGAAAGUGUGUUCAAUGUGGGAACCAUUUCUUCACAGUUGAGUAAAUUCAACAGUACCAAUGAAAUUGAACAGUAUGGCCGUCUUAGCCAGCAGCUAGGUCCACAGGUGAGUGCUGCCACUGCCGUUUUCCCUGUGUUCAAAAGCAUUUUGUUGGGCUCGGAUAACCAUCGAUUAAUUGGCCUGUUCAAUACGGUUUCCUCCAAGCAUUUAUGGUUGUCUGUGGUGCUCUAUCCAUUCCGCAGCAUGUCGUUGCGCAUCAAUGACAAGAUGUCUGGCAUUUACCAUGUUCCAGAAAUCAUCAUCAAAGAAGGACUCCGGUUUGGCAAGCACGACUUCGAACCGGUCCUGAACGUACUUGCCAACUUGGGCUCGUCGUCUGAAAUAUGGGCCAACACCGUCGCUGGAACCAUCGCCAGGUCUAGGUUGGGUUUAUACUUACGGCAGUUUGGCAUCUACGGGGAUGUUAACAUCCUUGUCAACUGCUUUCUCGAAGCUCUACAACAGGUGCAACACUUAUUGAAACCAUCACACGACGAGCCCACUCCACAGCCCCCUGUGUUGAACGACCCUGACAUCAAUGACGCUCUCACUGCAACUAUUUCCAAGUACGAGCGGAUUUUGGGUGCCAUUGAAGAGCAGGAUUUGACUUUGGUGCACAGUCUUAAGCCGUUGGUGGAUGGAAAAACCAUCUCCAAAGCCCUUGACAAGAAGUCAGGGCCAUGGAUGGCACCUGUCAUCCAAGAAGUGCUCGUGUGGCAGCUUGAUAACCCACAGGGCACUCCAGAACAGUGUCUUGAGCAUCUCAAACGAUCUUUAUAGAGCAUAUAAUAUACCGGCAGAUUUUUUGAGUCAUAGGACU